CCGUUCACACGCCAAAAACCAGAACCCACCUGUCGGAGACGGUUGCGUCUCGUCUCGAAGUCUCUCCAUUCUCUUCAUCUUCUUCUUCGCUUCGAUCUGCGGUUUCUGCUUGCGACCCACAGCUUCGGAGGUACACGAAUUGAGAAAUUUACCAUCAGAAUCUUCGCCCUUUUGGCAGGGGCUUCUUUUGGGUUCGUACACGCGAAGGGGACAGCCACGUGGGCUUGCAAGCUUGAACUCGGAAGUGGCUGUCGGGAUGACUGACCCCGUUGGGUGCUGUGCUUAGGGACUAGCUUGGUCGGAGCCAGGGGGGGUGAGAAAUCGGGAUUUGGCGGGGGGGAUUUUUCGGGGUGAAGAUGAGCUCCGAAGGAUAUUCGAUCGAAGUCACGGGGCUAUCUCCCAGAGCGACCGAGAAGGACCUCGACGAUUUCUUCGGUUUCUCCGGCGCGAUCGUCCAUGUCGAGAUCGUCAGGUGUGGAGAUGUUGCGUGUACAGGCUAUGUGACAUUCAAAGAUGCUUAUUCUCAGGAAACUGCUGUCUUGCUCAGUGGUGCAACCAUUGUGGAUCGGCGUGUCUGCAUAACACGCUGGGGACAAUAUGAAGAUGAACUCGAUUUCUGGAACAGGUCUUCCUCAAGGCAUGAAGAUGGAAGCAACUCAACUAGCCCAAAUGGAAGCCAAUAUGUGCCCAAUCCUGGUGAAGUAGUGAUCGUGGCUCAGGAUGUGGUGAAAACUAUGCUAUCCAUGGGAUAUACGCUCGGAAAAGACGCCUUGACCAAGGCAAAAGCUUUUGACGAGUCUCAUCAAGUUUCGGCGACUGCAAUGGCAAAGGUUGCCGAGCUGACUGAGAGAACCGGCCUUGCCGAUAAGAUUUGUGCCGGGGUCGAUGCUGUUAAAUCAGUGGAUGAGAAGUACCACGUUACAGAGUACACGAGAUCUGCUGUAUCGGCCACGGGAAGAACAGCUGCGGCAGCUGCAAACACUGUGGUAAACAGUGGCUACUUCUCUAGAGGCGCUCUUUGGGUAUCGGAUGCGCUGAAUCGCGCAGCUAAAGUAGCUGCGGACUUGGGUAGUCACGGGGCGAGGCAGUGAGUUCACACGUCUUAGUUACAUCGGCAGCUAUUUGCUUUAUAACGGGGUUUCCAUGUAGAUUGUUGCUUUAACUUCAAAGGGGAUGUUCGUGUAUAUUACUAUUGCGGGAAGUAACUUGAGAGUGACUGUGUUGUAAAUUCCCGUUCGCUUUACCUGCCUUUGCUGAUUCUCUUUGUGCAUUUAUCAGGAGAGGAAGAUUGUACAAAGUUUGAAUAAUCAGUCUAGAUGAUACAUUGAUCUGUCUGGGGAGAAUGAAUGCUUUCUACUGUUG